AUGCUCCGGGGCCAUCUUCCCGAGAACCGCACCGGUCUCAAAGACGUGCGUGGGCCAUGUGGUUCAACUCCUCUACCGUGCCUCAUGUUUCAACGUCAUCAAGAGGGACGGAGAGAGCUCGCUGAUGCAGCUGAAAGAGGAAUUCAGAAGCUACGAGGCACUCCGCCGGGAGCAUGAUGCCCAGAUCGUUGGUAUGGCAGUGGAGGCAGGGUUGAGGAUUAGUCCUGAUCAAUGGAGUGCUUUACUUUAUGGAGAUCCCGAUCAUCGGGCGCAUAUGCAGAGUAUUAUUGACAAACUCCAAUCCCCCCAAUCAUUUCUCCAAUCCAUCGAAGAACUACGCGUCAAGCCAAAAGCCGUCCCCGAUCGGCAUAAGCCCUUUCUUUUCCCGGUUCUACACCUUUUCGAGGCAUUGAGAGAUGAUCAUAGUUGGGAUGAGACGGCACUCUACAUUGAUAAAGCCCGAGAAUUGCUGGAUAUCCAUAUCGAAAUCUCGGUUUAUUAUAGGGGCUAU